UCGCCUCAAACAGUGACCGUAAUGUAAAACUACAACGGACGACAUAAGAACUGUCGUGUGAUUUGUCGCACAUAGAAAGUUAGUUUACAGUCCUGUCACGUCGCUGUAGCUAGCAGAGGGGCUGAUUUAGGGCCAACAUGGCCAACUGUGUGGCUUUCCAGAGCAAGUUAACCUCGAUCAUGGAGAUGCUAGCUAAAGCUGCCGUGGUGGAAAUCAGCAAACUGUGGGAGGACGGCUUCGCCCUGGUUCAGGUGGAGCUCCGCCGGAGAGAGAGCGAGAUUGAAGCCCUGAACAGAAAGUUGGUGUUGAUGGAAAACGAGCGGUUAUCGGUCCUGUCUCAGGCUCAGACCACAAAUCAGUCUUCAUCAUCUUCCUCCAAGAGAGAGCAGCAGAACAAGCUGCUGCCGCCCAACGGUGAUGGGCCAAUUAUAGAUUCGGUCCAGACACUGUCAUCUGAUCAGAGCGUCAGAGAGAAGGCGGACACCUCGGCAAAUCACAGAACUCCACCUCCAUCACAAACAGAAGAGAAACAAUGCGAGCAGCUCAAGUCUGACGUCUGUGAAAGUGACGGCAGGGAUGACAGUGAAGACUUAAUAGUCAAGCUUGAGGACGAGGACGACGUUCAGAUUGUGGAGCAGAUAGUGGACUCUGAGCCCAGUGACGGAGCGGGUCACCACGAGAUGGAAGUGAACCUCCAGCCUGCCGAGGUUGUGGAAGAACAAGAGAGCCAGCAGUGGUCGUCUGUGUCAGUGGGAGACAGCGACACCGCUGAUGACUCGGACUGCUUUUUUGAACCAAAGCAGCUGUCACAAAAUCUGGACUCAGAGAUCCUGCUCAUUCAGAACGCUUUGGACAUUUUUGAUAAUUCACCCGAGACAGUGUACUCUGACAGGUUUAUGAGGGAUAACGGACAAGCUGCAUCGAGUAAAUCAAGGCCUCCCAUGACUUCUAGUCACGCUCCGACAAGUCACCCUACAGAAGCAAUAAAUCACCCAGAGAGAGGAGUGUCCAUCAGAUUCCUGUCAGAGAAACAACCCCAAUCUAAAAACAUGUCAGCGUUCAACCCGGACAGCAGGUUCUUUCUCAUAAACGACCCAGAGCUGCAUAAAACAAUAGGGAGUCGCCGCAUAAAGGAGAAAUGGUUCAUCUGCCCGUUCUGUGGCAAAAGCUUCGAUCGCGUCAGCCAUCUGGAGAUCCACCAGAGGAUUCACACAGGAGAGAAACCGUACACGUGUGAUGUAUGUGGCAAGUGUUUUUCUCAGAGGAGCAACCUUCGCACUCACCAGCGGACUCACAAAGAGGCUCUAUCCCAAAAUGCAGUUUGAUUCAGCAGAUUUGGAAGAGUGAGAAAAACUAGAAAUAUCCACGUGUGGCUAGAUUAAUUAACAAAUUCUCUUUGUAUUUUGGUAUUACUGAAAAGUAAUGUAGCUGACUGAUUUUACUGUGCAUUUCUUUUUUUGGGAGGGGGCUGGAUCAGUUCUAACUUUGACAUAGCUUGGAUUGUAAGAACUAAUUUUGGUACUUACGUGCUGUUUGUAAACCCAGCCAGUUAAGAGAUUUAUAAACAUGUAGGGACAUGCUGCCCCUGUUACACAGAUGAAUAUUACUUCUACAGGUUAUACAUGAGGACACACACCACAAAGCAAACCUCUGUAUGGAUGAUGACUGUAGAUCAGCUGAUAUUCCUUAGCAUUUCCAUCUUCCCAGGUCUGCAUCUGAAAGAUUUAAAGACAAAAUUAUCAGAAAUUAUAAAAAAGACAACCACAGGAGACUGAACUCACACCAGACUAUGGCAUCAUGUAACAGUUGCCAUUCUAUGAUGACCUGAAUUUUGUGUUGUCACUUAAAAACAGGGAGUUUUAUGUGUUUGGUCACAGGUACAUUUCAUCCAUGUAAGUUGUAAGACUUUGGUAAUAUCUUACUUUUUGUAGAGGAAAGCUAUAUUUAUCUAAGGCGAACAAAGACAGGGAAAAAGUGCCCACUCCUCAUCUUUGCAUCUUAGGAAUUCAACUUUGUUUCAUUUCAUUAUAGCUGCCAUUUAGAUGUUUACAGGUCAGUAAAGUCAGGUAGGAAAUUUUUUGUUACUCAGUUACUCGCCACACGUUACCCAGAAUUUGUGAAGGUUUUGUUUUUCUGGCAUGCCACCACGGUGAACAAAGAAUCCAACAGA